UUUUUUUUUUGUGAUAUGUGUUUGACACCCUUGUUGGGUUUGUUUUUGAGUAUUGGGAAGGAAGAUUUGGGUAGAGUGUGUACUCCCCAUCUUGUGUGUGUAUUUCUACAAUCUGUCUGACGACAGUGGACUUGGAGAAGUUUCAGCCAGUGCAUCGAGUAGUGUUCAUCUUACUCAGAUGGCUUUUGAGAACCCAAAUACUCAGAUUUCUAUUGUGAAGUUGGACAACAAAAAUUAUUUGGACUGGGCUCACUCUGUGAAGCUUUCCUUGCGGAGUAGGGGGAAGCUAGGGUAUUCAGGUACCAUUUGAGCUCCUAACCAAAGUGACCCAACAUAUCCCAAAUGGGAGGCUGAGAACUCCACUGUUAUGACUUGGCUAAUAUUCUCUAUGAAACCUGAGAUUGGAAGGAGGUUCAUGAGAAAGGAAACUGCCAAGGACAUUUGGGGUAGUAUCUCAACAACUUUCGACCGAGUGGGUGGCUUGGCUAAGGUAUAUCAACUUCUCCAGAAGGUUAUUACAAUGAAGCAAGGGGAUAGGACUAUUUCUGAGUAUUAUAAUACUGCCAUUGGUCUCUGGGAAGAAUAUGAUCAUUAUAGGGACCUCCAACUGUCCAAUUCAGAAGAUGAAGCUAAGGCUUACCGCACCCUUGAGAAGGAGCGUGCUCUUAUUUUACUUGGUGGCUUGAACCCGAAGUAUGAGCCAAUCCGGAUACAACUCUUGGGCCGGUCUCCUCUUCCAUCCUUUGAUGAGGUGUGUAGUUACUUGCAGAGUGAGGAGACUCGAAGAGUGACCAUGGAACUUGUGUCCUCCCUUGAGCGGUCUGCUCUUUCUUCUAGCUCCCACAGAGAUUGGCAUGGUGGCGAUUGAGGACAAGGGCCACCCCAUGGAGAUGACAGAGAUAAGACUCUGAUGUGAUCAUUGUGGGAAACCUAGACAUACU